CUCUGAUGGACCGUGGACUGUAGUUUGUAGAGUUAGUUUAUUAGCAGCCAAUUGUGAUAUAAAAUAGGAUGGCGGUGUACGCGGCUCACUUGACGCGGACGCUGCAGGGCACGCCGACCGUGUUCCAAGUGACGGCACAGGAGGCGCUCGGAUCCACCGUGAAACCUGCGCUACGUAAAGUUGUAGAGUUCCUGUCAGUGACAUAUCCCACAAAGUUUGGGUGGUGCCUGCGCUGGUAUGAUGAGCUGUAUCUUCUGUUUGACACCUGCCUGCAGUACGACUACCUCAAGCACUAUGCGGCUUCAUUUUCCGAGAGUUUCUACGACCUCCUGCGAGUGCCGACCGCCACGAACGAGUUCACGACGGGGCAGCAGCUCCCGGUGCACCUGGAGCGAGCCUCGCUGGCGCUGCUCGUGCUCGUACCCUACCUCGAGGACAGGAUCGAGGCCAUCGUAGAGCGCUGGAGGGAGGACGACGAGGAUGGACGGCUUGGUAAGUCGUCAGCGGACAGCGCGCGGCGCGCGGCCGUAUUCGUGUGGCGCGCGGCGCGCGUAUUGUCCCGUGUGUGUCGCGCGGCGUGCGCGGCGCGGUACGUGGCGGGGCGCGGCGCCUCGCACUCGCCCGCGCUGGCGCUGCUCGGCCUCAGCCUGCGCCCCGCGCCGCCUCGCCCGCCCUCGCCCUACACUUGGGGGGACCUCGUGCGGAACCUCUUCACUGGACAGUUUAGUGGCGCGGAGUGGUUCCCCCUGGUGGGGGAGAGUGCGCUGCGCGCGGUGGAGUACGGCGCCUUCGUCGUGCAGUUCCUGCGCUGGUGGGACUCGCGCGCCACCACACACGCCGCGCUACCCACGCCGCCCCCGCCACAGCGAGACGAGCGAGCGGUGCGCUGGAAGAACAAAUGCCCAAUAUGUCUGCAGUCGUGGAAGAUACCAACCGUGCUGCCGGUGUCUGGCUACGUGUACUGCUACGCGUGUAUAUGCCGCGAGGUCCGCGCGCGGCCGCAGUGCCCGGUGACGGCGCUGCCCGCCAGCGAGGCCGGCCUCGUCAGGCUCUACAUCGACUGACACACUGGGGCCUCACACUAUUUACUGACAUCACACUCAUUGAUGGAGGCUGGAGUCUGGAAAUAAAUUCAAAUAAUAUCUUAUAGGUAUCCAAUAUUUUCAAUUGUAAAGGAACUUAAUUAGUUGACUAGUGCCAUGUCACAUUCAUUCUUACAAAUGUA